UUAGGGUUUCAAUUGUUGUUAUGGUGUUAGAGCCAUUGACCUAACUUUGCUACCGCCGCCGCCAUGGAUGUUAAUGCUCAAAACGAUGAGCAGCCAACACCACAACCACAAAAUCAACAACACCGACUGAAUCAAGCGCAGCAACAACAGCACGUACAACACAAUGUCUACCAGAUGGAAGAUCACUUCUUCUUGACCGGAUCUGAGCAUCUUAGUCUUCUCUUGGUUGGAGAGAAACUCACCACCACCAACUACAAUGAUUGGAGCAGAGGAAUGUAUAAUACUCUUGCUACCAAGAACAAGUUUGGUUUAAUCAAUGGAACCAUUCCAGAGCCAGAUCCUGCAGAUCCUCUUCAUGGUGCCCGGGUUAGGAACAACAUCAUGAUACAGAGUUGGAUACAACAAGCAGUGGAUUCAGAGAUAAGAAAGACCAUUCUUUCUUGCAAGACAACAACAGAUGUCUGGAAGAGUUUACCGUCCAUAUAUGGAUUUGGUGAUAUCAUACGAGUUGCAGAGUUAUAAGUGGCCUUGUCCUCUCUACACCAAGGUAACCAAACUAUCACUAAGUACUAUGGCACAAGCAUCACUUUAAAAGAUGAGUUGGACAAUUACCAGCCUUUAUUGCCUUGUAAUUGUACCCCUACCAGUUAUUUAACCUGUCAAGCCUUGAAGAAGGUUUUAGAGUAUCAUGACACCAACUAUGUUAUCAAGUUCCUUAGAGGUUUAAAUGAAAACUAUGUUGGAGUUAAGUCACAAGUUCUAUUUGGAGAAGAGUUACCAACCAUCAAUAGGAUGUUUCAAAGGCUUUUACAGCAUGAGAGACAACUCUAUGGUACUCAGAAAGGAAAGAUGGUUGCCUCUGCUAGUAACGAUUCUAUGUCUAUGGUUGUGCAGGGAGGUAACAGGAGGUUUCCUCCUUUUAAAAUACCUUUUUGCACACAUUGCAAAAAGGAGGGUCAUACUCAGGACAUCUGUUAUCAUAUUCAUGGUUGGCCACCUGGUAUGAAUCAAAUAACUCAUGUUCCCAAGCACGCAUACAUGAAUGCACCUUCUGUAAAAAGCUAGGACAUACAGAAGAUAUGUCUUUCCAUAAGCAUGGAUACCCUCCUCACAUCGCAGCAAGGAAUGCCUCUAACAAAGGGACAGUCUGUCAAUUCUGUUGUGGCUGAGUAACCAUAUCAAGAAAUCAAGCUCACCAAAGCAAAGUAUGACAAACUCAUGUCCAUAAUGAACAACCAAAAGGGUUCUUCCUUUUCUAGAUCUGCUUAUGUUUCUAAUCCUUCAGCUUCAGGUAAAUUCCUUUGUUCUAUUCCCACUAAAGGACAGCAUGUUAAAACAUCUUUUAACUGGAUUUUAGACACUGGGGCUUCUGAGCACAUUACAUGUUCCCUAGACUACUUGUCUGAUCACAGAAAGGUAGAGAAUGUUUACAUUACCUUACCCACAGGAGAUCAAAUUCAAGCCACUCAUGUUGGCACUGCUAAAUGCAGCUCUUCUCUCAUUCUUGAAGAAGUGUUAUUUGUUCCACACUUCACCUUCAAUCUUGUUUCAGUGAGUAAACUCACUACUAGAAAACCCCUCUACUUGAAUUUCUACUCUGACUUUUGUCUUAUACAGGACCUGGAGAUGAAGGGAAUGACUGGUUCUGCUAGGCUUCACAAUGGUCUCUAUCACCUAGAAGUAGAUUGUAAACCUAAACUCCUCACUGCUGCUAGGGCCACUGUUUUUGAUCUUUGAUACUUUAGGUUAGAGAAUGUCUCCCAUACCAGAGUACCAUAUCUCUCUCAAUUUUGUACCUCCAUUCAAACAUUCAAAGAUCAGCCCUGUGAUGUUUGCCACUUUGCUAAGCAAAGGAGGCUUUCUUUUCCUAUUAGUCAAACUGUAACACAAAGAUGUUUUUAGUUGAUUCAUGUUGACAUUUGGGGCCCAAACCCUGUUCCUACUUAUGAUGGCUUUCAAUAUUUUUUGACCAUUGUUGAUGAUUACUCUCGAAUGACAUGCAUUAUUUUGCUCGAACUCAAAUGUGAAGCUAGACCAAAACUUAUUCAUUUUUGUCAUCAAAUUGAAAGACAGUUUAACAUCAAUGUUCAAAAGAUCAGGAGUGAGCUGGGGAGAGAAUUUCAUAUGGAUGAUUUCUUCCAAUCCACUGGUAUCCUUCAUGAAUUAUCCUGUCUUGAAACGCCCCAGCAGAACAGCAAGGUGGAGAGAAAGCACCAGCAUAUUCUUGCUAUUGCUAGAGCUCUCAUGUUUCAGGCUGCAUUACCUGCUGGUUUCUGGGGUGACAGUAUUAGACAUGUUGUUUACCUAAUCAAUAGGGUCCCUACAUCCAUCUUAGCCAACAAAACUCCUUAUGAAAAAAUUCACAACACCCUUCCUGAUUUCACAGACCUCAAAGUUUUUGGCUCACUUUGCUAUGCCAGCACUCUGGCCAACCAUAGAACCAAAUUUGCUCCAAGAGCAAGGAAAUGAGUUUUCAUUGGUUAUGUAUCAGGUAUAAAGGGUUUCAAAAUUC